GAGAAAGUUCUGCUCAGUGGGAAGAAACCGGGUCGGGAUGCUGCGCGGAAGUGUUUUGCUGGGCCUGUGCCACAGGGCCGCCCGGGCGGCGCUCCGGCCCUUGCACACGGUGUAUCAGACUGCAGAACUGCCGGAAACUCACCAGAUGUUGCGCGACACUUGUAGGGAAUUUGCAGAAAAGGAGCUGCAGCCGAUAGCAGCCGGGCUGGACCGGGAGCAUCGAUUUCCCCGGGAUCAGGUCCGACAGAUGGGGCAGAUAGGACUGCUGGCAGUUGAGGUCCCAGAGGAGCUUGGAGGGGCCGGACUUGAUUAUCUGGCAUAUUCAAUCGCAGUGGAAGAGAUCAGCCGUGGGUGUGCAUCUACAGGGGUCAUUAUGAGUGUAAAUAAUUCUCUUUAUUUAGGUCCUAUCCUUAAACAUGGUUCAGAAGAACAAAAAAGACAAUGGAUUUCUCCAUUUUGCAGUGGAGAUAAAAUUGGUUGUUUUGCUCUCAGCGAGCCAGGUAAUGGCAGCGAUGCUGGUGCUGCAAGUACGACUGCAAAGUUGGAUGGAGAGGAGUGGGUUUUAAAUGGCACCAAAUCCUGGAUCACAAAUGCUUGGGAUGCUUCUGCAGCUGUUGUGUUGGCAACCACAGACAAAAGCCUAAAACACAAGGGCAUCAGUGCUUUCUUAGUGGAGAUGCCAACUCCAGGUCUGUCUCUAGGAAAGAAGGAAGAUAAACUGGGUAUCAGAGCUUCCUCCACUGCAAAUUUAAUAUUUGAAGACUGCCGCAUCCCAAGGCAGAAUCUCCUAGGCCAACCAGGAAUGGGCUUUAAAAUUGCAAUGCAAACCUUGGAUGCUGGCAGGAUUGGUAUUGCAUCUCAGGCACUUGGGAUAGGACAGGCAGCACUAGACUGUGCCGUAGACUAUGCAGAAAAACGCCUUGCAUUUGGAGCCCCCAUCAGUAAAUUGCAAGCAAUACAGUUUAAGUUGGCAGACAUGGCGUUGGCACUAGAGAGUGCUCGGCUGUUGACCUGGAGAGCAGCCAUGAUGAAGGAUAACAAGAAGCCCUUCACUAAAGAAGCAGCAAUGGCAAAACUCGCAGCCUCUGAGGCAGCUACACAAAUCUCUCAUCAGGCCAUCCAGAUACUAGGAGGAAUGGGCUAUGUAAGUGAUAUGCCUGCCGAGCGCCAUUACAGAGAUGCAAGAAUUACAGAAAUCUAUGAGGGCACAAGUGAGAUCCAGCGACUGGUGAUAGCCAAUCAGCUUCUGAAAGAAUACCGCAGUUGAUUUUCUGCUAUAUAAUGUGCCUGGUGGCUUUCUAUGCCUGAAGUUUAAGCCCUGAGCUGAGAAAAAUCAGCAGCUGCAGGAUUUUAUACCACUGUGCCUAAGUGAUAUUGGCCACACGAGCAUCAAAAAUCUAACAGACCUUUAGUUUGGUUUUUCCGCUCCUGUUUGCCUAAUUAAUACCAGCAUGGCAUAAGGGCCUACAUCAGCACCACAAUAGAAUAUGGAUUUUUUUUCUGCUGUGCAUCUGGCAGGUUCAGGCUGUGGAAGUCGAUGUGGAAAUGGGGAAACAUGUAGCCAAUAAAUGAAGCGAUCUUCAUUUAAUAAUCCAUUCAGACCAGGCAUCCCAAACCUGCUCUAAUGUGCAAUCUAUGGAAUAAAAUUUUGUACCAAUGCUCUGUUUGACUGGCUGCUGUUAUAAAUUUAACUGCGGCACACUAUGGAACACUGGAGGUAAGCUGUUUUGGUUAAUACCAACAAACUAUAAAUGACAAACCAGCUCAAUGUUAUAGUUUACUGCUUAGAAUCUGACAGUGCAUCAAACAAUGCAUUGCUUUACACAUGUCUACUGUCUACCUCAGUGCCAUUGUAUUGGGCAAAAUACCAUAGAGGCUUAUGUGGCUUGUAGCCCUGUAUAACUAUAACACACAGUAACAAAUGAGAGAGGCUGUGGAUGCAAGGAGCACUUUAGACAGUGAAUGAGGGUAUCUUGUGUAGUGGAGUUGCUAUGUGUUACCUGUAUAAGAGUUCUAUUAUUAAAGACCUUCAUAUAAAAAAUGAUAU